UAAGGUUGUUCCAUCCCCACUCAAUUUACAUUGUGCAAUAUUGGUUCCACCAAGUAUAUCUAACUACACGUUUUUGUGGAGGCAAAGAAAAUUCAAAGAGGUUAUCAUGGAGAGGAUGUGGAUUAGAACGAUCAUAUUGCUACUAGUUGCUUAUUGCCUGUUUCCUCUCUCUGUGGAAGCCAUUGUUCGCCACUACAAGUUCAACGUGGUGAUGAAGAAUGCCACAAGAUUAUGUUCAACAAAGCCCAUUGUUACCAUAAAUGGGAAUUUUCCUGGCCCCACCAUCUAUGCUAGGGAAGAUGACACUGUUCUUGUAAAGGUGGUUAACCAUGUCAAAUACAAUGUUAGCAUCCAUUGGCAUGGAAUCAGACAAUUGAGAACAGGUUGGGCCGAUGGGCCAGCAUACAUAACCCAAUGUCCAAUUCAACCAGGACAAGUCUAUAUGUACAAUUUUACCCUCACAGGACAAAGAGGAACACUUUGGUGGCAUGCACAUAUACUUUGGCUUAGGGCAACUGUACAUGGUGCUAUUGUCAUUUUACCUAAGCUUGGAGUUCCUUACCCUUUUCCUAGACCCCACAUGGAACAAGUUCUCAUAUUGAGUGAAUGGUGGAAAUCAGAUACUGAAGCUAUAAUAAAUGAAGCUUUAAAAUCUGGGAUGGCCCCAAAUGUCUCUGAUGCCCACACAAUCAAUGGUCAUCCAGGACCCGUUCAACAUUGUGCUUCACAAGAAGGAUUCAAACUCCAAGUUGAACAAGGAAAAACCUAUUUGCUAAGAAUAAUCAAUGCAGCACUUAAUGAAGACUUAUUCUUCAAAAUAGCUGGUCACAAACUAACAGUUGUUGAAGUUGAUGCUACAUACACAAAACCAUUCACAACAGACACAAUAGUAAUAACACCUGGACAAACAACAAAUGUACUUCUCAAAACCAAUCAUGCAUUUGGAAAAUACAUGGUAGCAGCUUCAACAUUCAUGGAUGCACCAAUUGCUAUAGACAAUGUAACUGCCACAGCUACAUUACAUUACUCAAAUACCCUUGGUUCAACAAUCACAAAACUCACUUCACUUCCUCCAAUAAAUUCCACAAAAAUUGCUAACAAUUUCACUGACUCAUUAAAAAGUCUGAAUUCCCAAAAAUACCUUGCUUUAGUCCCUAAAAAAAUUGAUCAUUCAUUGUUUUUCACUGUUAGUCUUGGUCUUAACCCUUGUGCUAGUUGUCUUAAUGGUAAUAGAGUUGUUGCAGCUAUUAACAAUGUUACAUUUGUUAUGCCUAAAAUUUCUCUUCUUCAAGCACAUUUUUUUAACAUUAGUGGAAUUUUUACUGAUGAUUUUCCUAAGAAACCUGAAAUAGUUUAUGAUUUCUCCGGAAAAAAGCAACCAACAAAUUUAGCGACUAAUAGAGGGACUAGGGUUUAUAGACUUGCUUAUAAUUCAACUGUACAAUUAGUUUUGCAAGAUACUGGAAUGAUUGCACCAGAAAAUCAUCCUAUUCAUUUGCAUGGAUUUAAUUUCUUUGUUGUUGGUAGAGGAGAAGGGAAUUUUAAUGCUAAAAGGGAUAGUAAAAAAUUUAACUUGGUUGAUCCUGUUGAGAGAAAUACAGUUGGUGUUCCAUCUGGUGGUUGGACUGCUAUCAGAUUCAGGGCUGAUAAUCCAGGGGUGUGGUUUAUGCAUUGCCAUUUGGAAGUUCACACAACAUGGGGACUAAAGAUGGCAUUUGUUGUGGACAAUGGUAAAGGACCAAAUGAAUCUUUAAUACCACCUCCAAGUGACUUUCCCAAGUGUUGAGAAGAUUAAUAUAAAUCUUUACUUAAGGAAGAAGGAUUAGGGGAUACAUAGAAGGGAAAACUCUACACAAUUAAAGGAGAGUAAACUAUCAUAGCUAAUAAUAACAAGAUUUUUUUUUCUUGGAGAAUAUGACAAAUAACAUGUCCUCACUUUCUCUUUUUUUUUUUUUUUUUUUUUUUUUUCAUUUUAUUUGUAUUGUUUGUUGUAUAUCUCUUCUUUGUCCUUCUUGAAGAAUAAUUUUGUUUACAUGUAACUAGACAGUGAUAAACAAAAUGUAAAAGAAUUUAAAAUUCAUUGGCUCACUGAUUAUGCAAAACACAUGAAAUUUGGUUUUAAUUUGAUUAAUGAUCAAAUUGUGUGGCCAUUCAAAAAACAAAAAUCAUCAAAUUGUGUGGUUCUACAAAAAUAAAUAAAUAUGAAGUACAUUUUAUGUGCAAAAAAA